AUGAAGCUGGUAACAUUAUCGUUGUCCAGAAUUCUACGAGGGUCGUCUUCCGGUCGUGCCCGAAGCAGCAACAGGCUUCCUGCUCCGGAACCAUCCACCAGUUCGGUGAAAUAUUUCUUGAUCCGAUUGGGGACUUCAGUAGGAAUACUGUCGGUGCCAAUUGUGUUCAUCGAUGUUGUCGGCUAUCCGGCAAGCGUUGUUGGCUCAUCCAUGGAGCGGGAUGUUGUUUGGUUAUCACGAUUUGGCAUACAUGAGCCACAAAUUGGACAAAUUUUCACUUUUAUACCUCCACAUGAUCCAGAAAAACGGCAUAUUAAGCGUGUCACUGCAACAGAUGGAGAUAUAAUUUGGUACUGUUACUCAUUCCAAUUUCUUUUUUUUUUUAGCCAAAAGGUGCAGAAUAUACGGAAAUACCGCCAGGUCAUUGCUGGAUGGAAGCCGAUAAUCCGAAGCACUGUGAACAAAGGCCUAUUAACGGCUCGAGCAACGCACAUAAUAUGGCCGCCCGGACGUUGGGGAAAAAUUAAAAGCGAAACAUUCGAACAUAACAGUGUCCCAGUUUCGAGAGGAUACCGCUCACUGUUCGGAAUACGUUUUCCUUGGUAA